UAUUAUUUUUAGCAUCAUGAUACAAUCCAAAUGUUAUCGUAACAAAUAUGAGCAAGGAGAUAAAAUACAGAGCUGUAGUGGGUCCAAAGAGAGUCGCUAUCAUGACCCAAAGUGGCCGGAUACUAAUAGAAUCCAAGAUAAGUCCUACAGAAGAGACCGAAAAAUAAGAAGUCGGAAGCAAACUAAUCCCCGUAAAAUGAAUAUAAUGGCUUCUCUACAGCACUACAAAGAUGUUUCAGACAAAUUUAAAAAUCUCCAAAUUGGCCGUAAGGAGUCCGAACACGUGAGAGUUCUUCCUAAGUUGAUCUGAAAUGAUCCAGAUGAUUCUGGGACGUUUGAAAGACUGCAUAAUGAACUCUAUGAGAUUGGAUCUCCUGAGGUGAAACAACAGACACAUUUCAUUGUUGAAUCAGAUCAGCAAAUUAUGCAAGAGCCUGAUAUUGAAGAUAAACCAAAAGCUAGCAAUGCUGCAGCAAGAAGGUCCAGGAAUAUUCAUAAAGCUCAGUGACCCAUAUGAACGGUUUUAGUUGACCAGUGGGCGCUCCCCAGUCACGUCGAAGGAUGACUCUAUGCAUUAUCAGCAGCAGAAGAGUUUGACAGAUGUAACCAAGAAAGAGCUCCUCCGAGUAGAAGACCCAAUAGAAGGAAAGCUCCCACUGGCAGAAACAGAAAGAGGCCAAAGCUCACCGAAGAAGACUCUGAGCCCGCCCACGAUUCCAAUGCAGAAGUCAUGGAGAGUCCUGCCCAUAGAUCUUCAAUGACCAACUCCAACAAGGACCAACAUUCGGAAGGCGGAAGCAGCAGGUCGAGCAAGAAGACUGGAGCUGACGGAGACCCCAGAGAAGAUGAGAAGAUCACCAUCAGUAACUCGGACGACCCCACUAGCCAGUCCGACUGCCACAAGUGUCCAGGCUACUUGAACAACUAAACCAGAGCAGAGAGUGGGCGGCCGUGGGAGAAUGACGAACAGCAGGAUUAGCGCCUGGCCUA